UGACAGACAGACAGACAGACAGACAGAGAGACUGACAGGCAGGCAGACAGGCAGAACUGACUUUUUUUGUCACUCAUUAUUGUUCAGUCUUCUCGUAACUGUAGCUCCACUCUUUUCUCUCUCUCAUCUCUCCACCCGUCUCUCCACCCGUCUGUCCACCCGUCUGUCCCUCUGACCUCCAGUCGCUCGUCAGCGUUGCAGGCUGUUCUUUCAUUUGGAUCGGGACCUCAACCUGAAAACACACUCACCUGUUUCUACAGUCGUCGUCAUUUAACUUUGGGUAACAUGAAACAAACGUCUUAAAAAAUAUUUUUUGUUUAAAUUUGAAGAAGAAAAAAAGCGAGAGAGAGAGAGAGAUGGGUUUCUCCGAGCUGCUCCAAGAGGUGGGUGGAUUUGGCAGGUACCAGUGGCUCCAUGUGACUCUGAUCAGUAUACCUGGAUUGUUGAUGGCCAGUCAGAACCUUCUGAACAACUUUGUCUCAGGAAUCCCCACCCACCACUGCAGGCUGCCGGCCAAUCACAGCUUCUACAACCUGUCACACCUACAGGUGGAUGAGAAGCAGCUCCUGAGGGCAUUCAUUCCUCUGGACUCUUCAGGAAGUAGACUGGACCGCUGCAGGAGGUUUGUUGAGCCUCAGUGGCAGCUGUUAGCCUUAAACAGCUCAGCUAACAUUAGUCAGAUACAGACGGAAGAAUGUUUGGAUGGAUGGACAUUCGACCGCUCAGAGUUUCUCGCCACCACUGUCUCCGAGUGGGAGCUGGUGUGCUCUCUGCGUCCUCUAAAACAGAUGAUUCAGACUAUCUACAUGGGCGGAGUUUUAGCAGGAGCCAUUAUCUACGGGGGCCUGUCAGACAGGUUUGGGAGGCGGUCGGUCCUGAUUUGGUCUUACCUGCAGCUGGGCGUGCUUGGUUGUAGCUCUGCCCUCUCUCCUUCAUACUCCACCUACUGUGUUUUUAGAUUUCUGAGCGGAAUGGCGGUGUCUGGAGUCAUCCUGAAUGGAGUCUCACUGAAGGUGGAGUGGAUCCCCACCAGAGAAAGGACUCUAGUGGGCACGCUCACAUCCUUCUUCUUCACGUUUGGUCAGAUGAUCCUGGCAGGGCUAGCCUAUUGGCUGAGAGACUGGAGGAAGCUGCAGGUGGUUGUCUGCGCCCCCCAGUUCCUGUUCUUCGCCUACAGCUGGUGGUACUCUGAGUCAGCUCGUUGGUUGGUUCUGAAGCGUCGUUCUGAGGAUGCAUUAAAGAGUCUACACAGAGUGGCCAGGAUCAAUGGGAAACCUGAGAUAGUUGAAAAGUUGACAUUGGAGGUUCUGCACUCCCACAUGAAGAAAGAGAUGGAUUCGAGUCGUUUGUCACACACGGCGUACGACCUGCUGAGGACCCGGGGGAUGAGACGGAUCUCCAUCUGUCUGGUCGCUGUCUGGUUCUCCACCAGUUUUGCUUACUACGGUUUGGCAAUGGACCUGCAGAAGUUUGGGGUGAGUAUCUACUUGAUGCAGAUCAUCUUUGGAUUCGUUGAUUUUCCUGCCAAACUUUUGGCUCUGGGCAUGCUCAGUUACCUGGGGAGAAGGGUCUCUCAGGCGGCCUGUCUCUUCCUCUCAGCCCUCAUCAUCUUCGCCAACAUCUUUCCACCCACAGACAUGCAGACUGUCCGGACCACGUUGGCGUGUCUCGGUAAAGGUUUCACCUCAGCCUCCUUCACCACAGUCUACCUGUACACCGGAGAGCUCUACCCCACAGUGAUCAGGCAAACAGGAAUGGGCUUUGUGUCCACCAUGGCGAGAAUCGGCAGCAUGGCGGCGCCCGCUGUCCUCAUCCUGGAUGAGGUGAUCCCUGCUCUUCCCAGCGUGGUGUACGGGGGCGCAGUGCUGGCUGGUUGCUUUGCCUGCUUCCUGCCAGAGACAUUGAACAUCCCACUGCCAGACACCAUCGAGGACGUGGAGGACAAAUGGUCUGGAGGAAGCUCCUCCCCCCAGCAACAUGAGGGCGUGGCUUUAAAAGAGGGCUGUCCUGUGAUAUGGGAGCGUUGUCUCACCGAAGGCGUGGCUUUGAAAGAGCUGAGGGACGCUGAAGGACUGGACUCAACGCCCUCGACCAAUGAACCAUGA